AUGAAUAACCCUCCGAUCAACUCUAUUGAUGCCAAGUAUCUCAUCAGCCGGCGAAUCUCCAGACCUUAUGAUUACAUGCGCGGCGGCAUGAGUCAUCUCCUCCGUCUCUUCACAGUCAUUUCCGGCGCCGGCGAGACUCCGGUGGUGGUUCAGAUCAACCACGACGGCGAAGAGAAACAGCUCUCCUUCGAAGAGAUUGUUUCCAUGGUAUGGACUUUAGUCAAGCGAGACCAAGAAGCCGCCUCCGCCCCCGUCGCUGCCGCCGGCGCUGGGUUAUGGUUCAAUGCAGGGAACGCCGCCGUGGUUAUACUGGAGGAUUUCAUGCACGAUGGCCAGCGCCAGGCGGCGGCGAACGCCGCCGCAGGAGACGGUGUUGAUCUGCACAUCAUAAACAACCCCGUGUGUGCUUCGAUCGCUUAUGCUCUGGAUAAGAAGCCUUCAGCAGAUGAGGAAAGAAACGUCCUGGUUUACAACCACGGCGGCGAUGAUUUGACCGUGGCCGUGUUGACUAUAGAAGAAGGCGGCGUUUUCAGUAUGAGAUCCGCCGCCAGAGAAACCCAAUUGACCGGAGAUAAAUUCACCAAUCGUCUCUUGAAUCACUUCGCGGACAUAGUCGAAGAGUGUUCGGAGCGCGCCCAUGUUUCCGGCGUACGCCGUCUCGCCGACAUGGUUCUCGUCGGAGGAACCUCGAAAAUACCGAAGCUGCAGAAGCUCUUGGCGGAUUUAGUCGGAGGUGAGAAUAUCCGUAAGAACAUCGACCCUGUUAAGGCGAUCGCAUUCGGGGCCCACCUCCUCUGCAAAGACACUCAGCUCAAUAGGGUUGCGAAAAUAAGGUUUCUUGAUUUCAUGCACUCGAACAUCGGAAUCAAGAUCGGAGCAGGAGGAGGAGCGGGGGCGGUGGAGGUUUUGAUCGCGGAGAAGACGGUGAUUCCGGCAAAGACAGUGCGGUUUCUGACGACUUGCUUCGAAGCUCAGUCGGAUAUGCAGAUUCGGUUGUAUCACGGGACGAGGGUUCCGAUGGACACGAGCAACAGUAGUAAAAUAACGGAGCGGAACUGGAGAAUUCCAGUGGCCCCACAGGGCACCCCACGGGUGAAACUGCGGAUCGAAAUCGAGUAUCUCACUCUGUCUGUGUGGAUUAUGGACAACCUUGUUUUCGAGACUACCAAUCUGUGGGGGGCUCCAAGGUGA